UUCUCUCACUGCUGCUCAUAAAUACUACUGCAGCCAAAAUAUUGUCUUCUUUUAUCGAAACAAAAACAGUUCAUUCACAAUCACAUCCAUAACUUCUUCUCUGUUUGCCCUAAAAUAGUGGGAGUGUGAUAAAUAUUUGGAUUUUUGUCAUAAUCAAGAGGAAAAAAAAAGUACAAGAAUGGGCGGGCGUUCAUCAUCUCUGAGCAAUAGAGGAAGUAAUCAAGUGGCAGCAGCAUCUAUUCACCACAGUGCAUAUGAUUACAUAAUGUCAAAUGGUUCUCAUCAAAAAGCAACCAACAUUCAGAUUAUCUUUGCAGUUCAUCUUAUCUGCUAAAGGUUUACGGAAGCAGCUCUCACAGAGUGGUGUCAUGGCAGUUGUAUACAAGAAGAACAGCGAUGGAAACCUUAAGGAAAUUGGCCGUACAGAGGUGAUAAGGAAUUCAUGUAAUCCUAAUUGGAUAGGAAAUGUCUUCACGUAUCAUCAGUACUACUUUAGGCAACCACAAUUGGUGUUCUGUGUGUAUGAAGUUGGCAGCAAAGAUGCUGGUUUGCCUGCUAAUCAGUUGAAACUGGACGAGCAAAACAUCAUUGGAGAGGCCAGUCGUUGUCUGUCAGUUAUUAUUAAGGAAUGCGACGCAGAUUUGAAAUUUCCAUUAAUUCAAAGAAAUGCACAAGGAGAUGAGAAAAGUCGAGGGGACCUGAUUCUCUGUGUGGAAGAAACAGUCGCUGCAAAGCAAUCUGUUAAGAUGGUUUUCCGUUGUUCCAAGUUGGUGAACAAAGAUCUUAUUAUACCUAAAAGAGGCCGUUUCUUACGAAUUUCUAGAUUUAAAGAAGGUGGAAAUAUCGCAAUUCAUCAAACAGAAGUAGUGAAGAACGAGCAGAAUCUUACUUGGAACCCUAUGUGUCUGACCACACAGCACUUUCGAAGAAAGGACACCCAUUUGGUGAUUGAGUCUUUUGCUUCCAGUAGCAGCGGUAGUCAUGCUCUUAUAGGAAAAAUCGAAACAACAGUUGGUGACUUGGAAAAGCUUCACAACGAAAAAAGAGGAAUGAAUUUUCUGAAAUUAUCCUCUCGCAACCAACCGAAGGAACUGGAGUCACAGAUCUUUGUCGAAACUUACACUGAGGAGACACUUUACACAUUUUCGGACUACGUUGAGAGCUUGAAGCUUGAGUUUAUUGUUGCUGUUGACUUUACAACUUCAAAUGGAAAUAGUGAUCCUUCACAUCAAUUGAAUGCUUACCAGCAGGCUAUAUCUAAAGUUGGAGAGGCCAUUAAGCCAUUUGAUUUUGAUAAGCGCUUUUCUGCAUGGGGUUUUGGUGGAAAACCAACUGGCGGUGUGGUUUCACAUUGUUUUAAUUUGAAUGAAAGUCCUGGAGAAACCGAGGUUGACGGGGUGGAUGGUAUCUUGUCUGCUUAUUCACAUGCCCUACAGAGGAUCACUCUGGGUGAUCAUGCUGCAUUUGGGGAGGUUAUAACAAAAGCUGCAGAACAUGCUUCCAAUUCCAUGCCUGAUACACAUUCCGUCUUAGUAAUUAUCACGGCUGGUAUACUUGCUGAUAUCCAGGAAACGAUAGAUGCUUUGGUGGGGGCUUCAGCAUGUCCCCUAUCAAUUGUCAUAGUCGGUGUUGGUGAAGCCGACUUCAAAGACAUGCAGAUCCUGGAUGCUGACAAUGGAGGACGCUUAAUCAGUAGUACGGGGAUCGAAGUAGAACAUGACAUUGUGCAAUUUGUGCCUUGGUGCGACCUUCAGGAUGGCCACUGCAUUCUUGAGGAACUAUUUGCUGAGCUUCCUGAGCAAGUUUUAACAUACAUGCGAAGCAAGGGCAUUAAGCCACCUCUCCAUCAGCUAGCCAACAAUAUAGUUUCUGCCAGGAUCAGGAAACAAAACCUUUUGAUGAGGGGCUUUAACAAAAUUUCUCAACCUUCAAGUUUUGUCCGUCCUAUGGUUAUGAGGUUGGCUGGUGCGGCAACCACUAUAGCUCCAUAUUUUAGGUGGCUCCUUCCCAAACGGAGACGUUUUUCUUCUUUAACCUAAACGAAGGAAGAAUUUAGACAAGAACUAGGUGUCACCUGGGCCUUAGGCCCAGGCUAAGCCACUGCUAAUUUCAAAAAUUGGGUUGAACAUUCCUGAAAAUAGGCCCUGAUAGAACUUAUAAUAGGCUUGGCUGCUCGAUAGGCUAUUUUCUUAGUGAUCUAAUUAUUUUUAAACAAGAUUUUUUACAAGUUAAUUCAGAUCUGUCUGUAUAUAGGUUGUAUGUAGUUAAAGGAGAUUAGUAAGCAGAUGAGUUGGUAGUUAUGGUUUGUUAAUUCAUUUUGCACCUAUUGUUGUAUUGCUCUUGGUGUCCAUAUAUAAAUGCAACAUUCAUAAUCA